AUGCGCUGGUCCAACUUUUUGUCGGGCGUGCUCGCUCUGCUUCCUUUUUCAGUGGCACAGAGCUGUUGGCGUGACACCACUUGUUCCGGCCCGACCGACACUGCCUUUCCUGGACCGUGGGAGAAAAACAUCUUCGCGCCGUCAUCGCGAACGGUGAAUCCGGAGAACCUCUUCCUCAUCACGCAGCCAAGCCACACGGCAGACUAUGCCCCGUUUACGCUGCGUGGAAAUGGUUCUUUGGUGGUCUAUGACUUUGGAAGAGAGGUUGGCGGCAUCGUCUCCGUGAAUUACACCUCCACGGGUAGCGGUGCACUGGGGGUGGCUUUCACCGAGGCGAAGAACUGGAUUGGCGAGUGGUCGGACUCGUCCAACGGUGGCUUCAAAGGCCCUGAUGGCGCUCUCUACGGCAACUUCACUGAGGCCGGAAGCCAUUACUAUGUCAUGCCGGACAAGUAUCUGCGUGGUGGCUUCCGCUACUUGACUCUUUUCCUGAUCACCAGCGGCAACGUCUCCGCUCACAUUGAAGACGUGAGCCUGGAGAUUGGCUUCCAGCCUACCUGGUCCAAUUUGAAGGCCUACCAAGGGUACUUUCACUCGAAUGACGACCUGCUGAACAAGAUCUGGUACACCGGCGCCUAUACGCUGCAGACGAACGAGGUUCCGACAAACACGGGACGUCAGAUCCCAGCGCUUGCUGAAGGCUGGGCGAACAAUGCCACGCUGGGAUACGGCGAUACGAUCAUUGUCGACGGUGCCAAGCGUGACCGCGCGGUGUGGCCAGGCGACAUGGGAAUUGCCGUUCCCUCGGCAUUUGUGAGUCUGGGGAACUUGGAGAGUGUGAAGAAUGCGUUGCAGAUCAUGUACGAUACACAGAACAAUUCCACCGGUGCCUUUGACGAGUCUGGCCCCCCGCUGAGCCAGAAGGACUCGGACACAUACCACAUGUGGACCAUGGUCGGGACAUACAACUACAUGCUCUUCACCAACGACAGCGACUUCCUCGAGAGAAAUUGGGACGGAUACCAGCGGGCCAUGGACUACAUCUACGGCAAGGUGACCUAUCCUAGCGGCCUGCUGGACGUCACGGGCACGCGCGACUGGGCCCGGUGGCAGCAGGGAUACAACAAUUCCGAGGCACAGAUGAUCCUGUAUCACACUCUCAAUACUGGCGCCGAUCUCGCCACCUGGGUCGGAGAUACAAGCGGCCUAUCCGACACAUGGACCAGCCGGGCCGCGAAGCUGCGUGAAGCCAUCAACGAAUACUGCUGGGAUGAAGCAUACGGUGCCUUCAAAGACAACGCCACCGACACGACGCUCCACCCCCAGGACGCCAACAGCAUGGCCCUGCUAUUCGGAGUAGUGGACGACGACCGGGCCGCUAGCAUUUCCGAGCGGUUGACCGACAACUGGACCCCAAUUGGAGCUGUAGCCCCGGAACUACCGGAGAACAUCUCCCCGUUCAUCUCCUCAUUCGAAAUCCAGGGUCACCUCACGGUAGGCCAGCCCGCGCGCGCUCUGGAAUUAAUCCGACGUAGCUGGGGCUGGUACUACCACAACCCGAACGGCACACAGAGCACCGUCAUCGAGGGAUACCUGCAAAACGGCACGUUCGGGUACCGCUGGGAUAGAGGGUACUACGAUGAUACAGCGUACGUAUCGCACUCGCACGGAUGGUCGUCCGGGCCGACGUCCGCAUUGACGAACUACAUCGUCGGGAUCACCGUCACCUCUCCACUGGGAGCGACCUGGCGCAUCGCCCCGCAGUUUGUCGAUCUAGAGUCGGCCGAGGGUGGAUUCACGACGUCGCUCGGGACGUUCCAGGCGGGGUGGUCACGGACAUCUAAUGGAUAUACUCUCGACUUUACCGUCCCACAGGGAACCAAGGGGAAUCUCACUCUGCCGUACAUCAGCGCCGCGAAACCGACUAUCCAGAUCGACGGGACGGAGAUUACCCAUGGAGUACAGUAUGCCAACCAGAUGGCCACGGUGGGAGUCAGUGGGGGAGGGACUUACAAAGUAGUGGUGCAUUAG